GGAAGUUUGUGAGUGAUCGAUUUUACACCGGCCUCUAGCAAAACUUAUCAACGGCAUUUCUCUUUGUUUGCCGUACGCGUGCCUAAUAUCAAAAACAAUAGUAUCGAGGUCGAAAGCUUUGUAAAAAUGGCGAACACGUUUCGCGCGGUGACCGUGUCUGCCGUCAACAAUGACGGUGCCCUAACAUCGCGCUUCAACUUCCCCACAAACGUAAACGUGGAUUACGAUCCGCAAGGUCUCAGUGUUAAAGUGAUACGUGCCGACCCAGUGCUGGCUCAAGAGGUGCUAGAGUUUCCCGUCCACAGCCAGAGCGAAUGUUCGCAAGUGGCUGGACAGUCUUACAUUUUUACUAUAGAUAACGAGACAUUGUUUUUUAAGUUCGCCUCCGAUGUUGACUGUCAGAAGUUCCAUCUGCUGGUCAGUAAGAUCAAAGCGGGCCGGUCCUCAUCCGUGUUCACCGUACGCACGGAGGAUUCUUCGGCGAUGCAAUAUUUCCAGUUCUACGGUUACCUAAGCCAACAGCAGAACAUGAUGCAGGACUACGUCAGGACGAGUACGUACCAGCGAGCGAUACUGUCCAAUAUUAAUGACUUUAAGAAUAAGGUAAUCUUGGAUGUUGGCGCGGGGUCUGGCAUCUUGUCGUUCUUCGCGGCCCAGGCGGGAGCUCGGAAAGUCUACGCUGUCGAAGCCAGCAACAUGGCCCACCAUGCCCAAGCCUUGGUGCGCGCGAACGGUCUCCACGACCGUAUCACAGUAGUCGCUGGCAAAAUAGAGGAAAUUGAACUGCCGGAGAGUGUGGAUGUGAUCAUAUCUGAGCCCAUGGGAUACAUGCUGUACAAUGAACGCAUGUUAGAAACUUACCUUCAUGCAAAAAAAUGGCUCAAACCUAGUGGUAACAUGUACCCUACAAGAGGGGACUUGCACAUAGCUCCGUUCACCGAUGAUGCAUUGUUCAUGGAACAAUAUAACAAGGCCAACUUCUGGUAUCAAGCGUGCUUCCAUGGAGUGGAUCUAAGUGCCCUACGUACUGCAGCAAUGAAGGAGUACUUCAGACAACCUAUUGUGGACACAUUUGAUGUGCGCAUUUGUAUGUCUAGGUCGGUGAAACAUGUGGUGGACUUUUUGGAAGCCAAUGAAACAGACUUGCACCGUAUUGAAGUGCCUUUCAGAUUUGAGUUAACACAGUCUGGAACUUGCCAUGGCCUCGCUUUCUGGUUCGAUGUUGUAUUUGCAGGCAGCACACAGCACAUAUGGCUGUCCACGGCACCCACAGAACCGCUUACACAUUGGUACCAAGUCAGAUGUCUUCUAGAGACUCCAAUUUUCGCUAAGCAAGGUCAAGCUCUGACAGGUAGAGUCCUUUUAUUAGCAAAUAAGCGACAGAGUUAUGAUGUUACCAUGGAUGUUACUUUGGAGGGCACUAACAUUUCUUCAUCCAAUACCUUAGACUUGAAAAACCCAUACUUUAGAUAUACUGGGGCACCUGCUGCACCUCCACCAGGAGUAAACACAACAUCGCCGAGUGAAUCAUACUGGAACUCUGCUGAGUCUGGCUCUUUGAGCAAUGGUCAAGGUGUCAUUCUUACUGAUGGCACCCAGCAAUACUGCUCUACCCCAGAUCAGACUAUAGCAUAUGGAGCACACCCCAACAUGAUCAAAACAGUAAUGCUCCAAGAAGAGUUCAUAAAGAGGAUCGGAAUCAGUCAAAAUGGCGACAUUUAAUCCGCGAAGACGCGCCGAGCGCGCCUUAGGGCUAUAAGAAACCGUCGCAAACGGUUGUGAACAAUCUUCCGUUCAAACUCUAUAGUGUGUAAGCGGACUUAUUUAUUAAUGAAGUAAUGAAACAUCACAGUGGACUGUAAAUUGUGUAAUUGGUAAUGUAGCCAAGGCAAUUUGCCUCAAUCAGUUAGUGCAAAAUAAGUAAUGAACAACAGUAAAGCAGUUGUUUAGGUAGAUUCUGUAUUGCAGGCUUCUUAUUGGCUAUAACACUAAAUCACUUGUGAUGUAAAUUUUGGCAGCUCUUUGUAUACUGUCAAAAUUCUCUGGCAAAAAGUAAGAAACACAUAACACAUUUAAGACUUCAAAUACAAUUCCAUAUAUGUGUAAUAAGAUUUUGUUGACAUGAAAUUAAAAACACAUUAUUGGUGUAAGACAGCUUUGAUGUAGGAACUUUCAAAUGUGUUUUGUGCCUAUUUCAAUUAGAGUCUAUACAGAUGGACUGUAUUUAAACUGCAAAUUCCCAAUCGCAGUUGUAUUGCAGUUAAAAUUAUGCAUUGACAUUUCUUUGGUGCUGCAUGCUACCUACAUCAGCAGUUUUGAUGCAGUUAUGUUAACUGACUUCAAUUGACUUGCAAUUCAAUUGCAAAAGCAGUAGAUGCAUUAAAGACACUAAAAUGUUAUAGCUGAUAAGGACCCAGUCUAGUAAUCAAAGUUUUGUAAUACACUAUACAAUGUGAGUAUCGUUCGCAGUUUGUACGCUUGCUAGUGUAAUUUGGACAGCUCUAAAUAAUAUACUUAAGAUUUUUUUUAUUUGUAAAUAUAUCUCCCCCCAUUUGCCAAAUGGCAUAGGUCUAACUAUUACAGAGCAACCCUGAUUCCAAACUUUGA